UCAGUUCACGAAAGGUAGUGCCCAGGGAGGAUCGUCGCUGCCGCUGUGCCCGUGCGCGAUCUCGAUCACCGGAAUUAAUUCGCGGAUCGGAAUUAAAAGGCGAAAAAAAAAUAAAAACAAAACAUAGCGAACCUUUGAGCCAAACGACGGCAGACGGCAGUGUGGCGAGAAGUUAGUGCCUGUGCGUGAAAGCCUGAAACCCUAUAGGUUGGACGAAAGGGGAAAAAACUAACGAACGAACGAACGGACGGACAAACGAGCGGGUGUUGCGCUUUUGUGUUUUUUGGGGAAAUGAUCAAGUGAAGACGUAGUUUUCUUCUGUGUGUAGCCCCCCGCGACGUUCGAGGCCUUGUAAAAACACACCCGCGUGGCACACAGCGGUCGCAGUGGUGAAACUUGAAGACACCGCCCCAUUGCAACCCCCAUACAGCACACAUACACGCAGCCAACCACAAACACCACGAGCUUGCUAAACGCAGUUACACCGAGCAGGGAGAAGCAAUCAAGCGAAAAGUAGUAGAAGAAGAAGAAAAAGUUGAAGAAGAAGAAAAAAACACAAGUGAAAAUAAAUUAAUGAAUGCUUGCAAGUCGGGUUUGCCCUCUUUCACCGGUCGUUUUUCCUUUCGUUUAGGCAUCUGUUUUCGCAAAACAAGUGUUCAUGUUUGUGAGCCGCCGAGUUGUGAGGAUCUUGACCAACGUGAAGAAAAGUUGUUUUGUUGGUACAACAGCGACUGAGUGUGGUGUGGAGCAACAGUAACAGGCAGAGUAAGAGAAGAAAGAAAAAAAAUAUACAGCAGUGGAAAUGUGGAAAUUUUUACGCGGCUCUCGCCACGGUGUCCAAAGAUUGUGAUGUGAUUGCCAUCCUCGUCUGGGCCAGUGAAGAUGCGCUCGCUGGGAUAACACAUGUUCGGAAUUCGCGCAGAGCUGAUGCCAAUGAGUGAAACUUUACCCGAUGUGUGUAAGUGUGUGUUUGGUUGGUGUUGAAACGCGAUGUGUGCGGCGGGAAAAGAAUUCCCGUGCGACUGGUUAAUUGAAUUGUUCGAAAAAGUGAGUGAUCGAUUGAUCACAGCCGAGGAAUAGAAUCGACAGCAACUGUUUUGUUAAAACGACUCCACUUUCGGUUGUAUAUUGUGGUAGGUGGAAAAAUUAAAAUCGAAUUGCAGCAGCAACCGGUUGCGACGCAUCAAUGCAAGAAAAAGCGAUUAGAGAAUCGAAAUCUGAUUAAGUUUUGAUUGCACCACGGUGUGAUAGGAUGGUCAAUUGUAAGCGUGGUUCGAAGCGAAGCGAAUAAUCGAGGGGUUCGUGGUUUGGUGAAGCGUCCAAAUUGCAGAAGAUUGCAUCUAGUGUUCAUUGAUUAGUGAUACGGGUGCACAAACAAGCGAUGAACUUUGGUGAUGUGCGUCGGCGCGUGUAGCACAGUCGUGGGAAUCCGUCGUGGGCAGCGUGUUGGGCCCAGUACAUACUGUCAAAUUGGAUUAGUGUGAUUCAGCCAUAGCGGGCGGUGUGAUAGAUGAACUGGAACGCACGACGAUUGGAACGGUUCAAAUGAGCAGUCGGUUGUGGAAUGAAGAAAUCAACGGAGGAGCUGAAAUGUGUCAACCGAUAUUAAGUUUCUUCCGUGUAGUUUCUUCGUAGCCGGGAAGGGAUACCCAGCAACCAUGCAGCCUCCGACAGUGGAAGAUUUGAUGGAUCAACGGCAAACGACAACGAACCUUUCAGGGCCGAUAGGCUCCAAAGAGAUGCCGGUUGGAUAAUAAUGGAUUACACUGGUGUUGUUGAUUUCAAAAGUGUUUGUUUUGGCUCGUCGGUUAACGAUAGCGAGCAAAAUGUAGACGCCCGAAAAGCGCGGGGUGUGCGUGUGUGAAUUUUCAAUUUUUUUGUUUUGAUUUUCGCUUGUCGCGGAAGAAGGCCGUGGGCCUAUUAAUCGUAGACCAAAGUGAUCCACUUAGUUUUAGAAACCUGGGUGCAUUUUGUUGCUGUUUUUCGCAUUCGGCGAAGCGUUUGUGGUUUGUGCAAUGAUGGGUCGCACACGGAUGAGCAUCGUGCUGCUGGUGGUGCUCAUCGCGUGCAAACUGGGCGAUCCGGCCCGAUCCAACGGAAGUGGCAUUGGUGGUGAAUCGGCAAAACCCUUACCACCGGAACCAACAGCCGGAAGUGAGCGAAGAGGGGUACCGGUGCUUAGCCAACCGCGUCCGAGUGAAGUGCGAAAUGGUGCCGCUGAAUCACCGCCGCCGCCGCAACAGACCAUCGCAACCGGGGGGUUGGUGACGACAUUGACUGCGCCGGUGGUGAAAGGCAGCACGACGGCGACGACGACGACGACUCCAUCGGCACUGGUUGCCUCGCAGCUGGAUGGACGAUCUUCAGUGCCAGUCGGCACCGACAAUCUAAAUGGUACGAUGCUUCAACAUAAUCUCUCACGAACUCAAACAUUGGAAUCCACCACGACAGCACCGACGAGUUCAACGCCGACGAAACGUCGCUCGGUAAACCGCGACAACAAGCUGAUGUCGGUUCUGCAAGCUCGCCGAACGGCCCUGUCCAGGGACCGCUGGCAGAAGGAGUACAUUCCAGCUUCGUCCCUGAAACUGCACCGGCACAGCAUUCCAACGGUGAACCUGAUAGAAGACAGCAGUACUCCGGAAUCCAACCUAAUUAUUCCACCGGGAACUAGGGCGGAUGAGUUUCUCGAUACCGACGAAUCCAUCCACGGGAUGUACGUUGUGAAUCCCCGGAACGGGAAGGUAGCUACGUCACAAGUGAAACUGGUCAAGGAAACUGGGAACUAUGUUGCCCAGCAUGGCAAUAAGAGUGAGGAUAGUACCAAACUUACGUCAACGAAGCAGUUAGCGGUUCGGGGUUCGUAUUAUGAGCCUAGGGGAAAGCGAACACGUGAUCGGAAAACGUUCUCGACGUCUACGGAACGAUCCAUAGAUGAUAGCGAACUGGUUCCUUAUCAGUUUUUCGGACAGAAACUUAUUCCGACCAGUAGGAACGUGGACUCCAGAAACCAGGUAGUCAGUCCCAAGGGAACUCGUUUGAACAAAUUGAAAGAGGACUCGUUGGAGGUUUUAGAAGUUGCAGUUCCAAAGACUUCCACAGAAAAGAAUAAGUUUUGGCAAAGUCGCUUGGCCUAUCAGUCUCGAAAUAUAGUAGCAUUCAAUAGUUAUUUGAGACGUUCCAAAGAUGGGAUGUAUGGUUUUACUCCGGUGCAAACGACGACCGCUACAUCAAUAGCCGGUUCCGCUGAUAGUUCCGUUCAUUCGGAUUCACUGACGAACUCAAUGAUUGCGUUGAGUAACCUCUCGGAAGGAGCGAUUGAUCAAAAGCAAGUCUUUUCAAGGAGUGCAAAUUUUACUUCUUUGAACAAGACUGAAAGGAUCCCUCCGAGUUCGACUACUAGUACUACUACUACUACUACAACAACUACUACAACUACUACUACGGCGUCUCCAACCACAUCAUCAACUACGCAGAGUAUUCCUGCUAAUCACAAACCGGACGAUGAACUGCCGGGACUGUUUAGCCCAACCGGACAGGCAGCGAUCUCUAAGCUAAUUAUUAACUACCCGGAUGAUGCCACACCAGAAGAUUUGUACCACGCGAAUAGCUACCAACCCGCAGCAGAAUCUGUGCCGAUUCCAGCUUCAACAGAAACGGAGUUUGUUUCAGAAACAACUCAACCGAUCCUUGAAGAAUUGGAAAAUCACAGGAAUAUGGUCUCCAUUCCGGAUAUCAAUCACAUCUUUCAAAAUCUGUCGACUGGUUCUACUUCGACAACGACGGAGCUGGUUGUCCCCAUCAAACGCAUAUCCGAUUCUGACGCCGAAGCAACGCACCCUAGCACUGAAACUUACGUACCUGCAAUGACAACCACAUCCCGCACCGAACCGACAUCGGCAGUAUCCACCACCUUCUUAAAGACUGAAUCUUCGAGCACUACGAGCACAACCGAAAUCAUGAUGACUUCCACCAGGGCGCCCGUUCCUCGCACACCGCCUCGUUCAUCAACCAGCUCUUCAACGACGACUAUCACUUCCUCGGUGGAGAUCACAACGCUCCCCGACGGGGAAACUUUCCCCGAAAUAAUCUACCAAACCAACGAGAUCCACACAACGCAAAAGUCGCCCAACGUUACAGACUUCAACUUGACCCUUUCCCAUGUAUUACCAAAGUUGACACAGGACCCCAUCCCUCAGUCUCGCAUACCCACCAUAAUAGAGUUCCCGUCCCCGUCACAAGUAGACGUUGGUGGCGCAACGAAAAAACCGACCAUCGCCUUCGAGGGUGUCCUUUUACAGCACAACAGCGAUGUGGUGAUCGAAAUGCGCAAGAUGAACACGGCGACGUUCAUUCUGGCCGGACUGGGAAUGCUACCGAUCGUGAUCAUCAUUCUGUACGUGAUCAAGGCAGCGGUUUGCAAGCGUGAAAAUAAGGUCUCGCAUGAUCUGGAACGGUACAUACCCGAUGGACAGCCACCGAUCAGUCCGGUGGUGCGGUUGGAGCAGUCCGAUACUUCUAGCGUGGCAGAUGAGUCGAUCAUUUCCGAUCGGGAUUUUAACCGGAAGAAUCUACGAUUCAAAAGUCUGCUGGGGGAAGGAAAUUUCGGACAGGUUUGGAAGGCGGAGGCGGAUGAUUUGGCAGGUCACUUCGGGAGUACGAGGAUUGUUGCGGUGAAGACGGAGCGUAGCGAUAACGGUCACGGAGAUCUGAAAACGGAGGCGGAGAUAAUGCGGAAGCUUGGGUCUCAUCCGAAUGUGGUUACGCUGCUGGGAGCGUGUUUGGAGCAAGACCCUCAAUUGCUGAUUAUGGAGUACGCGAUGAGAGGACGCUUGUUGUCUCUGCUGAGGGCAGCACGAGGCGCUGUCAAUGGACUUGCACCGUCGGCUCACGGGAAUCGUCCGCCGAUUAUGCCGCUGUCGCCGAGGAGGCUUACCGGCUUUGCGCAUGACAUCGCCCGGGGAAUGGAGUAUAUUGCUGAAAAGAAGAUCGUCCAUCGGGAUUUGGCGGCCCGCAACGUGCUGCUGGACCACAACGGUAUCUGCAAAAUCUGCGACUUUGGCAUGUCGAUCGAUCUGGAGAAGAUCAAAUCGUCUCAGGCGCAUAUUCGGGUGCCGCGACCGCACCACAGCGAAUCGCGCUUCAAGUUCGAUCUCAGUGCCCGCUCGUUUGGGAUUGGACGACACCACAGCCACGGUCACGAAGGAUUCGGCAGGCAUGGACACAGCCGGGGACACGACAGUAAAAGCCGGCCGGCCCUACCGAUCCGAUGGAUGGCUCCGGAAGCGUUGCAGUAUCACAUCUUUUCCCGCGAAACCGAUGUCUGGGCGUUUGGAAUUGUGCUGUGGGAAAUUUCUACUCUAGGGUGCACCCCGUAUCCGAACCUAUCCGGUCGGGAGGUAGUUCGUAACGUUCCGAGUGGAGUGCGGCCAGAUAUUCCACCGGAUUGCCGUCCGGAGCUGUACGAUCUGAUGCAGCGUACCUGGCGAAAAGAUCCCCGUCAGAGGCCUACCUUUUCCGAGGCACGAACCUCCCUUGCCAGGACACUGUGCCAGUGGCAAUUGGAAGAAACGGAUACGUCCAAUACUUCCGAGUACCUGGAUGUCAGCGGUUUCAGCGAAGAUUUGGAACAGGGAAUGGUAUACUUCAAUCGACGGAUUUCGGAAUUUGAGUGUGAAAUCUAGAGACGUUUUUGUGCCCCUUAACCACCUUUACUUACCCUUUUCCCAUUCCGAUCCACUGUCGCACCGUCUGAAAACUCAAACCUUGUAUAGUUACAGCAGUAUUACCUAGAUCUUCGAUCAUUUCCUUUCAUUCAUUGUUAUCUUAAAUUAGCGUUCAAGCCGAUUGAAACCCUUGUAAUUUCCAUCUGUCGUUUUCCUGGCGAAAACCAAACUGGAAAUUCAUCCGGACUGGAUCGGGCCGUGUUGACAUUUUGGUUGUGUGUUUGUUUUCACCACCUUCUGUAAGCUACACUUUUGUACAUAGAUGUUUUCCUAAACUCUCAUUAUUUUGUGUGUACAGAAUAAAAACACUGGCAACAUCAUUAAACAAUAUUUAGUAUAACUAGCAGCUGUUUAUUCUCGGUAACGAGUAUUUAAACAAUUUGUGAAUAAUUGUUCAUCUGUUGCGAAGUGCAAUCAAUUGUUUUCAAUUAUCAUACAUAUGCAUAGUAUUGUUUUGCUUUUAAGAGUUAAAAUUAUCACAAAAUGGUCGGUGAUCCAAUGAGCUACAUCAUCAUAUUCAUGCAAACGAAAAUCUUCAUUUCAUUCGACAAUUUGUACAUUUCUCAUCAAAAAAAAAAAUACGCGUAAGAGAAGCCCAAUAAUAAGCAAGUUGAUUUUAUUAUUAUUAUUAUUUUUAUAGAUAUUUUUGUUUUGUUUAGUAGACAAAAAAUCCGACGGGAAGAC